AUGAAAAAGAUAAGGAACUUGAAGCAUCAAAAUGUACUUCCACUUGUUGCUUACUACUCUAGCAAUGAUGAAAAAAUGCUUAUCUACAAAUAUCAGAACAGUGGAAGUCUACUAACACUUUUCAAAAAUUAUGUUAAGGGGAAAUGGAAUUUCCCAUGGAAACAAAGGCUGUCAAUUGCAGUUGGCAUGGCAAGGGGUUUCGCGUACCUAUACAGAAGUUCAAAGAAAGGAAUUGUGAUUCCUCAUGGCAAUAUUAAGCCAUCAAAUAUUCUACUAAGCGAAAAAGGGGAGCCAUUAAUAAGUGAGUAUGGAUAUUGCAAAUUCCUAGACCCCAACAAAAGUUGUCUCUAUAAAGACAAUAGUUACACAGCCCCUGAGAAAAACUUGACAGAAGAAACUAAUGUCUAUAGCUUCGGGGUGAUUCUGCUAGAACUGUUGACCGGUAAAGUUGUGGAGAAGACAGGAUUGGACCUUGUCAAAUGGAUGAAAUCCAUAGUGAGGGAAGAAUGGACUGGAGAAGUGUUUGAUAGUGAAGUUGCAAACUUUGAAAUAUAUGAUUUCCCUCUACUAAAUGUAGCACUCAAGUGUGUGGAUCGUUUGCCAGAGGAACGACCUACUAUGGCAGAGGUUUUGGAGAUAAUCAAAGAAGUUGUGAAUGCUCAAGAAGACAUUUCUCCUUCUUUUAUGACUUCUUUUGAAUCCACCCCUGGUUCAAUGAAGCAUGUGUAUGUCAUUUAG